AAUAGAUAAGAAAUUUUGAUGCUAAUUACUAAAAUAUUUUCAGUACAUACCAACUAGAAGUCCCUUGAUCAAGUGAUGUGUAUUUACGGAAAUGGGUAACUGUAUUCCAUCUGGUAUCGAUCUGAACGACAUGGUUCACGCACCCCAAUCGGAUAAACUAAGAGAUAGUUCUGGAAUCUUACAAUGCAACACAUGUGAGACAAUGGAUUAUGGAAGUAGUUCCAAUGAUUUCGGUCUAAACGAAAUGGAUUCUGAUAUAAAACUUCCCCUACUCACACGAAUAUUCUCACGCCAGACACACAACAACAACUCAAGUAAUGAUGAUUUUCACCCAGAUUCACUUGGAAGUAAUGGGCUAUUUUCACAAAACACUGGUAAAAUAAACGUAUCUUCAGUUUUAGUUAAACAGGACAUGAAGUGGAAUUCGCAGCCUGCGCGACCAGUGUUGGGACUAUUUACGACUCCAUCCAUGAGCAGAGAACUAGAUACCCCAAGCGAAACUCAAAAACUAUUACCAUAUACUGCCGAAAAUAUUACAAAUGUGGAAGUAAAACGAAAUUCUGAUAAAGCAAGAGGUAUUACAAACGAGGACAGUGGGAUGGAAAGCUGUUCAUUAGACAGUCAUUUAAAAAGUUUAUACUUAUCUUGUGACGUCAAAAAAAACGACUCAAAAAAAUCAUCACCUAGAUUAGAAUUAAAGAGUAUAACGAGUGAAAACGUUUGUGAAAAGACAAUUCCACUAGUGAACUUGGUUUAUCCAAGAAAAGAGAGAAUUACUGAAAGUGCACAAAUUACUGAAAUAAAUUCUAACCCUCCUAUUAUGUCUAAAUGUUCUCUGAACAAAAAUCAAGUGGAACCUGUACUACCAUUUUAUGAAGAAUGGUUAUAUGACAAAAGUAAACAGAACUUGAGUGGCGAUUCAACUUACAGCAUUUCAAAUUAUCGAAAGCCUUCAGGUGAACAAAGGCGAGUCCAACCACUUGUAGCCGUAGCCAAAAUGACUUACUCUCAAAAAUACCCUCAUGAAUUAAAUGUUUCAGAAGGAGAAAGGUUACUGAUACUUAAUCACGUGUCGGUUCCACGUAAUAUAAUUGAAGGUAGAUCAAGCUCAUCAACAAAAGAUGAAGAUUUUUGGCUAGUUGAAAGAAUUGAGCUAAAGCAUAUGUCUAACCACUGUUCACGGAAAGGAUUAGUGCCAGGAGAACAUUUGCAAAUUAUUGGUGAUUCCUUAACCACUCAUAUUUCCUGGUUUAAUAUUGACAGAAAUGAAGCAGAAAGAUUACUGCUUCUAAUGGGUAACCCGUCGGGAACAUAUAUUAUACGUCCAUCCUCAGUAAAUGCCGAUGGAAUCGCCUGCUGCUUAACUACACCAUAUCCGAAAAAUUACGAGCCACCAACAAAAUUAUCUUUGAUAGAAGUAAAUCGAAAUAACUUUGGAUUCAUUAAAAAACUUGGACAAGGAAGCUUUGGUGAGGUAUGGUAUGGAACGUGGAAUAAUCAAAUGCCCGUAGCGAUAAAAAAAUUACUUGGGAAUGGUAACAUGAAUCAUGCAAGAUUCCUGAAUGAAGCUGAACUUAUGCACCGACUGAACCAUCCGAAUGUAGUCAGAAUUUUGGCUGUAUGCACACUUCCUACUAAUGAACCAACUUACAUUAUAAGUGAACUAAUGGAAAAUGGAUCUUUGAAACAGUAUAUGCAGAAGCUUAAUCCUGUAGAAAUCAGAAUGAAGAAUCUACUUGAAAUGAUGAAAGAUGUUGUCGGAGGGAUGGUGCAUUUGGAGGAACAGCAUUAUGUUCAUCGGGAUCUAAGAGCCAGCAAUAUUUUAGUUGACAGUAAAAAUAGACUUAAGGUGGCAGAUUUCGGUUUGGCUCAUUUGCUUAGUGAUACAGACGAAUACAUUGGAACGCUUGAAACCAAAUAUCCCGUACGAUGGACGGCCCCAGAAGGGAUUUUAAAGCAAGCUUAUUCAACAAAAUCAGAUGUGUGGUCAUUUGGAAUACUGGUUCAUGAAAUACUAACCUUCUGUGAAUUACCCUACAAAGAAUUCACUGUCAAUGAAGUCAAAGUACGCGUGUGUUCAGGUUACAGAUUACCUCGUCCCAUAUUGAAAAUAUCCUCUACAGAAACUCUUCUACCUGUCGAUGAUGAGUACGAGGUUCCCAAACGAAAAAGUGUGGAAACAUUUAUGUGUCCUAUUAAUAUUUACAACAAACUGCUUGAAUGUUGGAAUAUUUCACCAGAUAAAAGGCCAUCAUUUAAUUCACUAUAUUCUUUUAUCGAGGAAUUAUUGGAAAAAGAAAUCAAGAAGGAUGUCAGCACAAAAUAAAAACAGACCGCAUUUCAAAACGUCCUGUUUAAAUGCUCAAAUAUAUCUUACACAUGUUUUGUACUUAUUUUAUAAACCUGAAAAGAAACCGAAUCACUGAUCUUUGUAAUUGCUUCAUUCCUUUCAAUAUAAAGGUCUUAAGGCGUCUCUAUUUCGUAUCAUGACCAAUACUCUUGGUACUGAACAUUAAGUUUAGUAAAUCCUAAAUUUUAAUCACUAUAAAGCACUAGCAAUGAGUAGAUCAGAUUCAUACUUU